AUGUUGGUCAUCGGGAUCAUCGGUCUGCUAGGGGCUGCUGUCAACGCCUUGCCACAGACCGAAGUCAUUCACACGGAUGCUGUCUCUAGAUCCGGGAGGAGGUUCAUCAUUCGCCGCAAUGUCUACCCGAAAGUCAAGAGGGCCAAUCAGAUUAUACCGGUCGUAGUCGGAGGGCCGCAGGAUACAUAUGUGCCCAACGUUGUUACUGCAGCGGUCGGCGAUGUUGUCCAAUUUCAAUUCAGUAAUGGCAACCAUACUGUCACUCAGAGCGCAGCGGAUCAGGGAUGCACUCCUCUGCAGGCCACAGUACCUACUGCCGUACACUCCGGCCAUAUCCCAUUCCAGGACGGGCAGCAGGACGUCGGCACUUUCAACCUCGUCGUUGCGAACACCGAUCCCAUGUUCCUUUACUGCGCAACCGGGCCUCACUGCCAGGAAGGACAAGUUAUGGUCAUUAAUCCACAAACUGUGAACCAGGUUGUGGACUAUGCCAAAGUGAGCCAGGCCACCACCCAAAGUACUGAUGGCACUACUGUCGUGGGAGGCGCUGUCGGCAAAAUCGCCCUGGGUAACGCUGCCUUCGUGCCUGCACCUGCUCAGCAAGGAGGAGCACCUCCUGGGGCAGCGCCAGCGGCCGCUCCGGCAGCAGCCCCAGCAGCAGCCCCUCCAGCUGAGGCAGCAGCUCCGGCGGCAUCGCCUCCUCCAGCAGAAGCAGCUCCCCCGGCACAGGCAGCUCCGGCAGAAGCAGCUCCAGCCACACCAGCCUAA